GACACGGUGCCGUAGUUGUGAAUGUUAGUUGUGGUUCCAUGUUGGAACCACGAUGGCACCACUAUACCGAGCGUGCCAAAACUCCGAGUGCGAACACUCUGAUUUCCUCUCUGAUAAAACAUAACCACACAAUACAAAUUUUAAAAUCAUGUAUAAUUACACAAUAGAUAUAAAAAAGUAACAAAUUUAAUAUAUAAUCGGCUAAAUGAUAACACAAACAAUAUGUCGAUUUUUAAUUUAACCAAAUUUGGGUCGAAACAAUUCAUAUGUUCAUUAAAGGAAUUAAAAAGAAUAUUAACAUUAAAUGUUAAAAGAAAAGUAAAUAUUAAAUGUUAUACUUGUAAUAAAGAAUCCGAUCAAAUUCUGAAAAAAGGACCAUGGAACAUAUUAUUUUUUGGUUCAGAUGGAUUUUCAGUAGAAAGUUUAAAGGUCUUAUAUGAAAAAUAUCAUUCUAAACUUGUGCAACGCUUGGAAGUAGUUACGGUUAAUACGACAACACAGAAUGAUGUUAUAAAGUAUGCUAAAGAAAAAGGUAUUACUAUAAAUUACUGGCCACUUGAUACUGGUGUGUACAACUUUCAUGUUGGAAUAAUUGUUUCAUUUGGUCAUCUAAUUCCAUCGAAGAUUAUAAAUUCUUUUCCAUUUGGUAUGUUAAAUGUUCAUGGUAGUUUGUUGCCAAGGUGGAGAGGAGCAUCACCGAUAGUUUAUUCAUUAAUGAAUGGUGAAGAUAAAACAGGUGUAACAAUAAUGAGGAUUAAGCCAAAGAAGUUUGAUGUAGGGGAUAUAAUUCUACAAAAAGAAAUUAAUAUAAAUGAGCAUGAAACAUUACCUCAGUUGCACACUAAAUUAGCAAAACUUGGAGCAGAUCUUUUAGGACAAGUACUUGAAGAUUUUCCAGAAGUAUUACAAUUUGCAAAACCUCAAAAUCAAGUUGAUGUAACAUAUGCUCCCAAAAUAACAUCAAUGAUAGCUUUUGUGAAAUGGAAUGAAAUGUCUGCAAGAAAUAUUUACAAUUUACACCGUGCUCUUAUAGGACUAUAUACAUUAAGAACAAAAUUCAUAAAUAAGACAGUAAAGUUAUAUGAUAUUACAAUUACUGAUAAAUCAAUUGCAGUAAAAUUUAUAGAAGAAGCUCCAGGAAUGGUAACGUAUGAUAAAGUUAAUAAUGUGUUAAUUAUAAAAUGUAAAAGAGAAGGUUGUAUUUCUGUGAAGAAUGUAGGAAUUGAAGGUAAACCUGUUAUGAGUGCACAUGACUUCAACAAUNCUAAUUUAUAUGACUACUAA